ACCAACGGCGGCACAAACAGAACCUUAAACCCUGUCCCGCCGCUGCACACAUUCCCCUCUUCUUCUUCUUCUUCUUUCUCUAUCUCUCUCUCUACAAGUGAUUUUUUUUCAUUGAAAGCUUUGAGUUUUUGGGGUGUUCCAAUGUCUGCCUUUGAUCACUUCGGCAACAUGUACGAUGUUGCAUUGAAACCUCGGUUGCUUCGAACCCUUGUCAGAGACCACCUCCCUGACGAGAAGCACCCCUUUUCCAAUCCCUCAGAGAUUUCCAGGGUUGUCUCUUUGAUCAAAACACACACUCUUCUCUCUGAGUCUGUUAAAGAAUCCAUGAACCCCAAGCAAAUUGAAGCCUGGAAAUCCGCAGUUAAAUCAUGGGUCGACCAUAUUUUGAUCCUCCUUUCUAGCAAUAUGCCAGAUAAAUGUUGGGCAGGAAUCUCUUUGCUGGGGGUUACUUGUGAAGAGUGCAGCUCUGAUCGUUUCUUAGAAUGUUACUCCUCAUGGUUCCAGAAGUUGCUGUCUUUUCUACAGUCACCAGCAGAUUCUCGUUUAGUAAGGGUAGCUUCUUGUGCUUCAAUAUCUGAUCUAUUUGCAAGGUUAAGUAGAUUUCCCAAGUUCAAGAAAGAUGGGUCUUCCUGUGCUGUGAAAGUUGUUCAGCCUGUUUUGAAGAUGUUACACGAUGACAACUCGGAGGCAAUAUGGGAAGCUGGAGUUCAUGUGUUAUGCACUUUAAUAACUUCCUUCCCAUUUUCUAUUCAUCGUCAUUAUGACAGUGUUGAAUCUGCUAUUGCUUUAAAACUUUUGUCUGGAGGAUGCAGUCUUGAUAUGUUGAAGAAACUUGCUAAUUGCCUUGCAUUACUUCCAAAAUCAAGAGGAGAUGAAGAAAGCUGGUCUGUGAUGAUGCAGAAAAUUUUGGUUUUAAUAAAUGAUCAAUUAAAUUUGGCCUUUCAAGGUCUAGAAGAAGAAACCACGCGUAAGGAGGUUAGGAGAUUGUUGGUUCUGCCAGGAAAAUCUCCACCACCUUUAGGAGGGUAUAUAUUGGCAGAAGCAGCUAAUAGCAAUACAACAAAGAGGUCUGUGCAGUCACUAAUGUCUAAUGUGUCUACACUUUUGUUUAGCUGUUGUGCGAUGCUUACAAAUUCAUAUACUGUUAAGGUAAAUGUGCCUGUUCGCCUGUUAUUGGCCCUUAUUGAGAGAAUUCUGAUGGUAAAUGGCUCUUUGCCACCAAUGGCACUGCCAUUUUUUACUUCCAAGCAGCAAGAGAACAUUUGUUCAGAACUUCCUGUUUUGCACUUGAGUAGCCUGGAAUUGCUUAGUGCUAUCAUAAAGGCCACGGGCAGUAAACUAUUACCACAUGCUGCCUCUAUUGUACGUAUCAUCAAAAAGUACUUCAAGACAUGCGCGCUGCCAGAAUUAAGGAUUAAGGUCUAUUCAGUCACAAGGACUCUGCUCAUAUCCAUGGGUGCUGGAAUGGCUUUAAGCAUUGCACAGGAAAUUAUCCUUAAUGCAUUUGCUGAUUUGAGAGCCAUUGAGACUAAGAAUAUUGGCACAUUGAAUGGUUCAAAUUCAAAUGCCUCUACUGGAGCACUGCUGCAGCCAUGUCAGAGAAAAAGGAAGCAUAGCGGUAAAACUGGUUCUCUUCAGGAGCAUGACAAAGGUGGUGGUUUGGUAGAAGAAGUUCCAAAGAACCACCCAUUGACUCCAAUUUCUCUAAGGAUAGCUGCACUUGAGGCGUUAGAGGCUCUUGAUACUGUGGCUGGUGCUUUAGGAUCUGAACAGUGGAGAUCAGAAGUUCAUAGUCUUUUGAUAGUCAUAGCAAUGGAUUCUUUCAAAGAAGGACCAGCUAGUGAAGAAAUAAGUGUGUUUCAGCAAAAGGAACCUGCUGCAACUGCCACAGAUUUGCAGCUUGCUGCAUUGCGAGCUCUUUUGGUAUCUUUUCUUUCAUAUGCUUGGGAGCUGCCCCCAUAUUUAGCCCAGGGUCUUGAACUUUUCCGUAGAGGAAAGCAACAAACUGGAACAAAACUAGCUGAUUUCUGCGCCUAUGCUAUGUUAACCUUGGACGUGCUUAUACAUCCUAGGACACAUCCAUUAGCAGAUGAUUUCUCUAAAAAUAACAAAUCUUCUGACUUAGAUGAGAGUGCUAAAUGGCUUGAAAAUGGCUAUGAAGCCGAUUUGCCAUUGGCUAAACAUAGAAAACACACCAAAGAGCCUUCUGAAGUUUGUAGAGGAGGUAAUGACCCCAAAGUGGUUUCUUUUGACCUGUCUUCUGUCACCAAAAUCCAAGAGAGGGGUGAGAUGGUUUCUGAGACUGCCACCUGUGCAGAUAUUGAAAUGAGAACAGUUGAGGAUGAAACCAUUUUCAAGUCAGAUCAACCUGCAGAAUCUGUGGUGCAAUCUCAGGAUGAAACCAUUCUCAAUACUUGCACCACAAGCAUCCCUGUGGCUGAAGCUCCAAGUUCUGUAGCUACUGAAAUAGUGUCUGAGAGGAUUGUUCCAAACAGCACUAUGCCUCAUAAUGAAGCCAGUCAUGUGGUAUCAGACCAAGGAGGAAGCUCAGUUAAUAAAGACUUUGAAUUAGCUUCCCAGAGUAAUAGCUUAUUAUUGCAAAGACCAUCAGACUCUAUUAUGAUUCAGGAUUUUGCACUUCAAUCUGAUAGUGACAAUUCAUUGGAUGAUUAUUUUCCGGAAAUUGUGGAUGGAAACCCUGAUACUGAUUCUGAUUCUGAUACUGGUUCUGAUACAGAUUCUGAUUAAGGUAAAGAUUUUGGAUAAAAUGAUUUUGCAAUUUCAUUUUAUCCAAAGAAGCAUAAGAUUUAUUUUUGUUCAAUGUCAUUCUAUUUUUCUAUUUUUUUUUCCUUUAGGUAAUGCAGCAUGUAACUUUUUAAAUAACCAAAAUUAUCUAUAGUUACAAUGUCCAUUCUGUUGUCUUGUCCUGCUGAACAAAU